ACCACUCUCUGUCCUCUUUUAACUCACCAACUCCUCUUCAUAAUAACCCCCACCCUUUUGCUUUACCCUUUCUCCCUACUCCCUACCCACCGUCCACCACCGCCCGAAAAUGGACUCUGCUACCGUGAGAAAGCAAUGCCGCCUUCAACAAAACAACGGUCUUGCAUCUAUUGCUGUCAUAGAACCUGGAUUCUCCUCCUCAUCGUCAUCGGAAAACCACCGCAAUCGGAGCCGUUUGAUCUCACGAUCUCUCUAUUCCUUUUCGUCUAUAAGAUCUGGAAUGUUUUUCAAUGGAAGAUUCCAAGAACAACCACCACAUUUCUUAGAUGCUUGUUUUCUCUGCAAAAAACCACUUGGUUGUAACAGAGAUAUCUUCAUGUACAGGGGUGAUACACCAUUUUGUAGUGAAGAGUGUCGAGCAGAGCAGAUUGAGAUGGAUGAAGCGAAAGAGAAGAAAAGGAGUUUCUCUGCAUCAAUCAAAGCAAUGAGGAAGAAAGAAGAGAGUGAGAAAUCAUCUAAUUCUUCCCCAAAUUACCCUUUCCGUUCUGGAGCAGUUGCUGCCGCCUAAUUACGUUUUUUUAUUAUUAAAAAAAUAGAAAAUAUAUAAAUGAUAAUCAAGAAUUAAGUUUGUGGAAAAAUUGUAAAAAAAAAAAGUUAUUGGUAACUUUUGUUAUUUUGUGUCAAUUACAUGUCUCUCCCUCCUGUUUUUCACUGUGGUGAAGGCAUGUUGUAGAAAAUUGGGGGUAAUUAUGGAAAUUCGAUUACCAUCCAAGAAGAAUCUAGUAGAUAAUGUAUGGUACAAGUAGUUGAUGCAUAUGGUAUUGUACUUUGCUAUUUUGUACUUGUGAGUAUUGCAUGAUGCACAUGGUACAAAUAACAUAUUUCGUCGAUU